AUGCCUUUAUUCCCGACGUCUAAAUGGGAAUCAAUUUCUUCUGAGGAUGAGGAGUCGAAACAUUUGUCCUGGACACAACGGAUUAAAAAAGGACCGACAAAGAAACGGAAAAAGAAAGAAAAAUCCAAAAGGGACAAACCACGUGAGGAUAAUGAUGAACAAACAAAACUAAAGAACGAAUCAAAGGAUCCUUUAAAGACGCAAAGGAAUAGAUUAGCGUCAAUCAUUAAAUUUAAGGAGAAGGAUGUUUUUGAGUCGGAGAAGAUGAAGCUGAUAGACGGUCGUCCCCGUCCUCAGCUUAGAACUUCUCCACAGAAGGUUUGGGAGAGUAAGACGCCAUUUGUCUUUACACACGGAACAUUCCCGCCCAUAGCGGAAGCUGAAGAGACUAGUCUUGUUGGAGACCAAGUCCGACACGUCCAUCGUAAAGUGAAUGCCCAUUUCAUCACCAUGGUCAUAACAUCACCAUUAACUGCACAGAUACGUUGGCAAGUUAAUAGAAUUUUUGACGAACUGGAGAAAGUAUUAACCCAGGUUGGUACAGACGAGUACUUUAUCAGAAUACACUAUAAAUUAGACGAUGAGGGUACAGACGAGUACUUUAUCAGAACACACUAUAAAUUAGACGAUGAGGGUACAGACGAGUACUUUAUCAGACUACACUAUAAAUUAGACGAUGAGGGUACAGACGAGUACUUUAUCAGAAUACACUAUAAAUUAGACGAUGAGGGUACAGACGAGUACUUUAUCAGAAUACACUAUACAUUAGACGAUGAGGGUCCAGACGAGUACUUGAUCAGAAUACACUAUAAAUUAGACGAUGAGGGUCCAGAUGAGUACCCAUUCCGUGUGAUAUUGAGUUUGUAG